AUGGCGAAUACAACUGCUACCGGCAAAAAACAAAUCAUCCUCAAUGCCUUCGUCAUGAAUACGCCCGCCCACAUGGCCCCGGGCCAAUGGCGCCACCCACGCAACAAAACCGCAAACUACACCAAACUCUCCUUCUGGACGGACCUUGCCAAACUGCUCGACAACGCCGGUUUCCACGCCAUGUUCAUCGCUGACACGCUUGGUCCCUAUGACGUCUACAAGGGUCCCGCGAACGUCGUGCCCGCCCUCGCCGCAGGCGCACAAUACCCAGUCAACGACCCCCUGUAUCUCGUCCCCGCAAUGGCAGACGCAACAAAGAACCUCAUCUUCGGCGUGACGGCCAGUCUUACCUAUGAAGCUCCCUACUCCCUCGCGCGCCGGCUGACGACGGUCGAUCAUCUGGCGGAGGGACGGGUGGCGUGGAAUAUCGUCACGUCGUACCUGGACUCGGCGGCGCGCAACUUCGGGCUCAGCGAGCAGAUCGAGCAUGACGAGCGGUAUCGACGCGCGCAUGAGUACAUGGAGGUCCUUUAUAAACUGUGGGAGGGCAGUUUCCGGGAUGAUGCUGUGGUUAAGGAUGUUGAGAGUGGGGUGUAUAUCGCGCCUGAUGCGGUGCGUCAGAUACAUCACCAGGGGAAGUACUUUAAUGUGCCGGGCCCGCAUUUCUGUGAGCCGUCGGUGCAGCGGACGCCGUUUUUGUUUCAGGCGGGGGUUAGUGAGGCUGGGAAUGGGUUUGGGGGGAAGCAUGGGGAGGCGAUUUUCGUUGCUGGACAGACGCCUGAGGGGGUGAGGAGUACUGUUGAUAGUAUUCGCAAGGUGGCGGAGAGUGAGGGAAGGGAUCCGGCGCAUAUCAAGGUGAUUGUGGGUAUUACGAUUAUUGUUGCGGCGACGGAUGAGGAGGCGUUUGCGAAGAGAGACGAGUUCUUGAAGUAUGCAGACCAGGAAGGCGUGCAGGCCCUGUUUGGAGGGUGGACGGGCGUGGAUCUGUCCAAGUAUCCCGAUGAUGAAGACUUCAGGUUUGCAGAGGCGACGCGCGUGCAGUCGAUUGUCAAGCGAUGGGCGUCGACGGUUCCUGGGACGGACAACCUGCCGUGGACGAAGAGGAGGAUUGUCGAGUUCUUGAGCGUUGGAGGGAUCCAGACCAAGUUGAUUGGGAGUGGGAAGACGGUGGCUGAUGAGCUGGAGCGCUGGGUGGAGAUCUCGGGCGUGGAUGGCUUCAAUCUGGCCCAUAUCACGAAUCCCGGCAGCUUCGAGGACGUCAUUGAAUUCCUGCUUCCAGAGCUGCGUGCCAGAGGGCUGUUCAGGGAAAAGGUCGACAAGGAGGGAGCCACAGCCAGAGAAGCGUACCUGGGAGAGGGCCAGAUUAGACUGCCAGAGGAUCAUCCAGGCAGUAAAUACAAGUGGCGGGCUGGCGAGAAGGUGCCCAAGUACCAGGCAUAG